GGCUCAUGUUCCCUCUCACCACACCAGAACGCAAGGAGUGUGGAAUAUUACCGAUUUAUGGUUGUAAAGAUCCCUCCGCUAACAAAACUGUUAAAGUCAAUGGAAAAGCUAAGUUUCAAGUGAAGAGUCAAGGCGACUUUCCUUUUACUGUUCUCGUCACAGACAAAGAUUUACAAAAUCGUUUGAGAACUAAUAGCUGUGAUGUCUUCAGCUACAACAUGACUCUUCCUCCCAAAUCAGCCUUGGGUUAUUGUCGGAUCUUCGCGUAUAUAACAGCGUACAGAUGCAAGAAGCUCGUUGUUAAUCCUCCAAAGCAAUUGUUCAACUAUACAGGAUGUCCUAAGAGUACGGAUGAGAACAUCUACUUGGCAAAUCAAAUUCAAGAUGAUCAUCCAUCUUCGUUAGCAAAUGUUCAAGGGUUCAGCUUCCGUUGAAUGGUUUUACUUUUUCUGGGGAACCAGUUUCAUUCAUAGCCUCUGAUUUCCUCCUUCAAAUUGGACUUUCUGAAGAUUGUCAACGAUGCCAAUUUUCUCAAGGUUCAGGUUCAUGCCAACUCAACAGCACUGGAGGAUUUUAUUGUUCCAAACCCAAAGGUAUGCUUAACAGAGUAUGAAAAAUGAGAAUUUCUCAGGUAUAUACAGAAGGCUGUUUGUGUGCCUAUAAAUAAUCCAAUUGACUCAGCUUAUUUAUUUCUUCUAUUGAUCUAAUCUAAUUAACUCCAAUACUAAUGAGUCAGUCUAUUUCAUAUCUCCUUGACUGUGAUAGAAGAUUAGAGUAAAAGAAGUUUUUAUUCAUAUCAACUGUCAAAUUAACUCUGCACGCGCGCGCGCGCGCACAUAUUUGUUCUAGUAUAAUUAUCUCCAAGACCAAUUAGCUGCUUAACUGUGAUAGAACCUGAAGUAAAAGGAAAAACUGAGACAGACGAUCAGUAUAAAAGACUGACUUCGAAGCUGCUGUUGAUAAUAGGUUUUGGAGUGGGAUCAGGGAUUCUAGCAUUUGCGUUGUUGUUUAGCUUCCGACUCUUCAAACGUAAAAAGAAUGCUCUAUCACACGUCAGGCUCCAAUCAAUGAAUCACUACUCAAAUGAGCCAGAUCCAGACAGUGGCAGACUCUUCUUUGGAGUCCCAAUCUUUUCCUACAAUGAACUUCAAAGUGCAACCAAUAACUUUGAUCCCUCGAACAAACUUGGAGAUGGAGGCUUUGGCUCUGUUUACUAUGGGAAGCUUCAAGAUAGGUGAGAAGUUGCAGUGAAACACCUAUAUAACCAUAGCUACAAGCGAGUGGAACAGUUUAUGACAGAAGUUGAGAUUCUCACUUGCUUGCGUCACAAAAAUCUUGUGUCCCUAUAUGGCUGCACUUCUCGUCAAAGUCGUGAGCUCCUCCUUGUCUAUGAAUACAUCCCAAAUGGCACUCUUGCCAGUCACCUUCGUAGCCACUCUACAAAGCCUACUUUGCUGGCAUGGCCUACACGUAUCAAAAUUGCUAUAGAAACUGCAAGUGCAUUGGCUUACCUUCAUGCUUCCGGGAUCAUCCAUCGUGAUGUCAAAACCAACAACAUUCUCCUUGACAACAACUUAUGUGUUAAGGCUGCAGAUUUUGGACUUUCUAGGUUGUUCCCUGAGGAUAUAUCCCAUGUUUCUACAGCUCCACAAGGAAGACCAGGUUAUCUUGACCCAAAGUAUCACUUUUGCUUCAGGCUGACAAAUAACAGUGAUGUAUAUAGCUUUGGAGUUGUGCUCAUUGAGUUGAUAUCUUCUUUGCCAGUGGUUGAUAUGGGAAGGAAUAAUUGUGAGAUUACAUUGGGGAGUCUUGCAGUGAGGAAGAUUCAGAGAAAUGAAUUUGAGGAGCUGGUUGAUCCAUGUUUAGGGAUUGAGAAGGAUAGUGAAUUAAAAAGGAAAGUGACUGCGAUGGGAGAACUAGCAUUUCAGUGUUUGCAAAUAAAAAGUGAGAUGAGACCUUCUAUUGAUGAGGUUUUAGAUAUUUUGAGGGAAAUUGAGAGGGAGAAAAAAGAUAGUAAGGAUGCCAAGGAAGACAAUGACAAUGGUGGCAGUGGAAUUUCAAAGAAUAAAGCAGGUAUUGAUGCAGCACAACCCAUGAUGGCUUCAAUAACCCUUAAUCAAGCAACGUUCUUCAAGUCAUCGUCUUCACCAAACAAUGUUACUGAGAAAUGGACAAGUGAAUCUACUAAUCCUAAUUUGAGCGUUUAAUAACCUUCACUGACCAAGAUCUGCUGCUUUGAUGUAGAUUUGGAUCCCAUAUAAGGAAUAAAUUAAUCUUUACAGCCAAUGUAUGAUGACAUGUGGCAAAUUUGAAAGCAUCAGAUCAGAUUAGCGGUCAGAGGCAAACACACAAAGGAAUGAGAUAGUGUGUAGGCAUUUUUAGUGAAGUGUUAUUAGGCUUCGAACUAUUUCUUGCCCUCCCAAUUUCUUGAUCUUAAUGAAUCCCAGAAAACCCAGUACCACUAAAGUAUUAUUAGGUCGUUCCUAGACAAUUACUGAAAUCAUAUUACAAAGCACACAAUAAUUAUAGAAAACCCAAUAUCUUAUUAAAUAAACAACCCAUUAUUCAUAUGAGAUAGGAAGAUUCAAAAUUGAAAAAUUCAAAAGCACAUAAGGAUGAGGGAGUGCUCCAUGCAUGUUAAUGAGUGAGUCUCGCAUCUUGGGGAAUGAAAGAGGGAAAGGGCAUGAUUCUUAAUAAAAUGAAGCAAUGGAGGAGUAUGGAAUAGAAGCUCUUGUGAGCUUCAAUCGGCCUAGUGUUCGCACUUCAGGCUAAAGAUAGUUUGUUCUUUUAUUUUUUAUUUGGAUUGGAUGGAUGAGAAAAAAUUUAGAAGAUACUCUGUUUUUGUACUGAUCAAUUUAUUUGAAUAUAUUUCACCUUGUUGGCAAAAAAAAAAAAAAAGAAAUUUAGAAGAAAGUAAAGAAUGAUAGGAUGAUGAACUCUCCAAAAUAAUUAAAAUUUUUAAUUAUUUUUAGAAGUUUUUUCUUUUAGUAUUUUCAUCUUAUUUUUCUCCCAUUUAUCUCUAUUCAAAUCAAGUUUGGAUGGAGAGAAAACAAUUUUUCUCUUUUUAGAUAAGGAAGAAAAAAAAGAGUGAAAGGAAAAGUGAGGAAGUAAAUGAGAUGUGAAACCCACCAUUAUUAUUUUAGGAAGAAAAUUAUUGUGUGUUUGCUCUUCUCUCUCCUACUUCUUUGUUUUCA